AUGCCUUUGGAUAAUCGUGAGGAUUUAAUAUUCAAUAAUCUCUUAGAGUCUCAUGGGUUCUGUUCUGCUUCCGUCAGAAGCUUGUUUGGUAAUAACUUUAAUUGGAACAAUAUUGAGAAUUUAAAUAUCAUUGAGGAGGGCCCUAAUCUUUGGGUUUGGAGAUAUCAUUCUUGCAAAGCUUCUAUUGCCUCUUCAGUCUAUGAUCAUGUUUCAAAUUCUAAUACUACUGAAGCCUCUUGGUUGGGCUGGUCGAUUAUCUGGAAACUGCCUACCCUUUCCCGUGUCAAGGUCUUUCUUUGGAAGCUUGCACAUGGGAGACUUUCCACUGGGGGCUACUUAUUCCAGCUCAACAUUGGCCCCAGAACUACUUGCCCUUUGUGUGGACUCACUGAUGAAACUACUGAGCAUCUGAUUUGGAAUUACUCCAAAAUCAGUCAAUGUUGGCAUGAAGUGUUUGCCAGGAUCGGUUGGAAUCAGAAUGAUAUUCUUACUCUUAGCUCUGGCAGCUGGCUUUUAAAGAAUAUCCAUGGGAGAGAUCUUGACCUCCGAGCUAAGGCUCUUAUCGCUGCUAUUGCCUGGCUCAUCUGGAAGUCCAGAUGCAAGCUUAUUUUCAACAAUCAACCUAUCAACUUCAGUUCGAUUGUUCCUAAUGCGUGGAACUUGUACUGCAAUCGCCCCACAUUCACUUUCAGGGAGUUUCCCAGAACUUCUCAAUCAAACAAUUCUAUUAAAAUUUUCACUGAUGCAUCUUGGUGUAUGGAAUCUAGGUUGGCGGGCUUAGGUUUCAUCAUCAUUUCUAAUGUGAAUCAAAUUCUGAUUGCAGGUGCCAUUGCUGCGGUUGCUACUUCUCCCAUCAUGGCUGAAAUCGUUGCGAUCAACCUUGCUUUGCAACUCUGUAUCUCGAACGAUUGGCUACCUUCUAGUCUUUUCUGUGAUUGUGCUGGUAUUGCGCAGCUCCUGAAAAACUUCAACGCUUGUACCGCUUGGCAUAUCAAAGAGGAGUAUCAAUUGCUGAAACAGAACCUGGGUUUCUUUCCUUAUCUAUUCAUUGAGACUAUUCCUAGGGAGGAUAAUGCAAUUGCGGAUGCGCUGGCUUCUUUCGGCAGAAACUGCUCUCAACUUUCUCUGUUCUUCCAAGGCUUAGACCGACCACACUGGCUUGAUGACUUGUGCAAUCGGCAUCAUCUUUUCUUUUAA